AUGUCGCAUAAUCGUCGUAGUAACCGCUCGAGGGACUUUGGCCGCCACGGUCAAGGCACCUCACGUCAACCUCAGAAUUCAUCUCGGCUACAACAACAGCCAGCCCAGUUAUUACUGGCCCCAUGGACAUUCUGGGAUACUGUGGCUGUGAACCUGUUUAACCUCCCGAGGGAAAUUAACACACGUAUCCUUUGGCAAGCAUUCUCUAGCGAGGGCUAUGUCUCUUCUAUUGAUCUAUUCGAGGACUCUCAUGGCAACAAAGACUCUAGAGGGAAAAUCCGCUUCAGACCUCCUCCUCAAACAGACUUUUGGAGGAAGGGACUAUACACCAUCAAGCUUCCUAACGGUCGAGCGUCAGUCAUCAACAUUGCACUUGAUUGGAACCGUGAUGAACCCCAGAUCGCUAGUCCGGUCCGUUCUGGCAUCUCAUACCCAGUUGAGGUUAAAAUGCCAAUCUUGUCUAUGGAUAUAGGUGUCCUGUUCAACGAGACAACGAUGCUUCCAAUGCGCUCUGUCGGUUCUAGCGAUAAUGAGCGCGCCCUGCUAGUGCUCAAUCUGAAGCAAAAAGCUCUCCUUGUCUACUUCCAGCUUCCCAUCUUCACCCCGGGCAUUAAACCCACUCCAGUCAGCAGUGUUCUUCAAGAAUAUCGCCUGAAGAUUCCUUUCGUUCAACUAAGUCAGAUUUUCCAGAUGCGAGAUGCUGUAACAGGAGAUAUAUCGCAUUUUAUAGUGUUGGACUCGCCUCCACUCUAUCAUCGUCGCAUCAGCAAUAUUGAUGUAACUCAUUCAGAGGAAAGCAAUACAUGGAGGGAGUCGGAGACUUGGUACCGGCAGACAUAUAUCGUCCGUAAUGCAUUGGAGCUAUCUUCCCUUCCCAUCGGCCUGAAAAAGGCAAAGGCUGUGAUUGAUAUAGGUCGUUGGAACACCUUCAAGAUAACGUAUCCUAGAGAUGCUGAUAUCAAAGGGAAGCUGACUCUUCUAUGCAAUAUCCUCAAAGACUACAACGUCACGUUUCAAGACACAGAUCGGUUUACCCAGUGGGACGCGAACGUGGAGAUGAAUCCGUCCAUUUGGAAAUGGAUAGAUUUGUCUGACUCCCAAUCAUCAAUGAAGACAUGUUCGUUGGAAGAUCUCUUCGACCACAAUUUUGUUCAUUUGCCCUUCCAAGUCCGCUAUCAGCUUGAAGUUUGUAUCUCGAACGGGUAUCUUUCCGAGUUCACGAUGACUCGUGAAUUUGCUGUCAGAUUGUCUGAACUUGGAGAGACACGAGCGGUGAAGCUCUUGGAGCACGUGUCAGCGAAGAAGCAGGUGUAUUAUGACCCGAUGAAGAUCUUCGACUUGAAGUUUAUCAAAGGAGUGACUCAAGCAAAGAUCCCCCCUUACUGCUGCUAUAUGCAUUCCGCAAGAAUCACCCCAAGCACCAUCUAUUAUAACACGCCGACAGUGGAUAUCUCCAACCGCGUCAUCAGGCGCUUUAUAGAGCAUGCAGAUCGCUUCCUUCGAGUACGAUUUACGGACGAGAAGCUGUUAGGUCGGAUCAACUCCACGACUGACCGUACAAUGGAUGAAAUAUUCACUCGCAUUAAGAGAGCACUGACUAAUGGCAUUGUGAUUGGCGAUAGGCGCUACGAAUUCCUCGCGUUUGGGAAUUCCCAAUUCCGUGAGCACGGUGCCUACUUCUUCGCUCCUUUACCGAACCUCACAGCUGCCAAUAUCCGUGCUUGGAUGGGACACUUCAAUAGCAUACGCAAUGUUGCUAAGCAUGCUGCAAGGUUAGGACAAUGCUUCUCGACCACUCGGGCUAUUGCUGGUUGUCCGGUGGACGUAGUUAAAAUCGAGGACGUCGAACGUAACGGGUAUAACUUCUCCGAUGGUGUCGGGAGGAUCUCGCGGUUUCUUGCACAAAUGUCUAUGUCGGAACUCAAGAUAAAAACACCAACAGGAGAGCCUCCCUCUGCGUUUCAGUUCCGUCUAGGCGGCUGUAAGGGAAUGCUUGCAGUCUCAUCUGAGGCUCAGCGCCAGGAAGUACACAUUCGAAAAAGCCAGGUUAAAUUUGCAGCUAUCCACAAUGGGUUGGAAAUCGUCCGCUGGUCUCAAUUCUCCAUGGCCACGCUGAACCGGCAGCUCAUCAUCGUAUUGUCAACGCUAGGUAUCCCGGACCAAGUAUUUCAUGCGAAACUCCACACCAUGUUACGGGGACUCGAUGAGGCAUUAGAGAGCGAUCCACAGGCCAUCUACUGGCUCAAAAAAUAUGUUGAUCCAAACCAGAUGACCCUCACUAUCAGUCAGAUGGUCCUCGAUGGUUUCAGAAGAUCAAAAGAGCCAUUUUUGACUUCUAUUAUGACACUGUGGAGGGCAUGGCAUCUAAAAUACUUGAAAGAAAAGGCCAGGAUUGUUGUCGAUCAAGGGGCAUGUCUUUUAGGUUGCAUAGAUGAAACAGGACUUCUCCAGGGGUACUUUCACGAUAAGGUUCCGGGGAAUGCUGCCUCGGUCGAAGAAAAGACUGCUGCCCUGCCUGAAAUCUUCGUCCAGGUAUCUCGCCCGGAAGCCGGCAAGAAGCCCGAGGUGAUCCAAGGGGUCUGCACCCUAGCUCGUAACCCUUCCCUUCACCCGGGAGACAUCCGUGUCGUGAGAGCAGUCAAUGUUCCCCAGUUGCAUCAUCUUCGAGACGUAGUUGUCUUGCCGCAAACGGGCGAUCGAGAUGUAUCAAGCAUGUGCUCAGGCGGAGAUUUGGACGGUGAUGAUUACAUCGUCAUCUGGGAUCAGGAUCUAUUGCCCAAGGACUGGUUUCAUGAGCCUAUGAAGUAUACUAGCAACAAAGCUCAGGACCUGGAUAGGGACGUGACGGUCAACGACAUAACCUCCUUCUUUGUCACGUACAUGAAGAAUGAUUUCCUUCCUAGGAUUGCCCAUGCCCAUCUUGCGUUAGCUGACUUCCUCGAAGAUGGUGUCAACGAAGAGAAGUGCAUCCGGCUAGCCCAGCUGCAUUCCGACGCAGUCGAUUACAACAAGACAGGCAUCCCGGCCAUGUUAACACGCAACCUUGAGCCUCGGAAGUGGCCACACUUCAUGGAGAAAAUACACAAGCCCAAAGACAGGAUCUAUCACUCAAACAAAAUCCUGGGCCAGCUGUAUGACGCUGUUGAGCGAAUUGACUUCGCCCCCAGCCUCGAGAUGCCAUUUGACAAGCGACUCCUAAACUGCGAGAUUGAAGUCUCUGGCGACCUUCUCACAUUCGCAAAAAACCUCAAAGAACAAUAUGAUGACGCAAUGCGACGAGUUAUGGCACAACACGAGAUCAAAACGGAAUUCGAAGUCUGGUCUACGUUUGUUCUCAGCCACGCCAACACAAGCAAGGACUACAAAUUUCAUGAGGAGAUCGGUGCAAUUUCAACUACGCUCCGCGAGACAUUCCAAAAGCAAUGCUACGAAAAAGUCGGAGGCCGCAAUUUUGACCAGCUUACCCCUCUAGCCCUCGCCAUGUACCGCGUCACCAACAUGGAGAUGACCGAUGCGCUUAACAAGUACCGUGCUGAAAACUCAACCACAGACCACAAAUUAUUCCAUAAGCCAACGCCCAAAAUAAACCAGUUGCCUCUAAUCAGCUUCCCGUGGAUUUUCCCGCAUAUUCUAGGGAAGAUCGCGCUGGGGCAUUUUGAAAUCCCGGGAUGUCUUCCUGUUGUCGACAACGACCCCUUUGGUCUGUUCACCGAUGACCUGGACCCUACCUCUCCUCUCCCCUCUCAUUGUAGCAUAAGCGCGACUGCCCCUAUGCCUCAGAGUUUCAGCGGUGAUGUUGAGUCUUUGGAGAAACUUCUUGAUUUUGGGCUCUCGACCUCUGGGCCCCAUGAGCUUGCUUCGUCUACUGGUGCGGCACCGUCAGAUAUUCCUAUCGAGGCAAGUUUCAGCUUGCUGGACUUCACUGAUAUCCCCAAGUAUAGUCAGUCCCCGAGCUGCAACCGUAGUACUGGUGGUGUGGGUGUCUUACUGGGCAUUAAUACUACCACUCCUGCCACACCUGUUGACACCAUACAGCGCAGCGGCAGUCCCAGCGGAGGUGGCAGCACCGGCGGUGGGUGUGUUGUUCAAAGCGCGGGCGUGACCAGUAGCACACCCGACGGAGUUUCAAGCGAGAAAUGGGUUGAGAUAGUCGAGGAAGAGGACGAUCUCAAGCCCACUGCUCUUGAUAAGCUUAACGAGCUGCUAGGGUUCUGA